CCUUUUGAAUGUAACAUGUGUGGAAAGUAUUUCAUCCAGAAAUCAAAGCUUACUGUUCACCGGAGAACACACACAAAAGAGAAACCUUUUCAAUGUAACAUUUGUGGAAUGUCUUUCUCCUGCAAGGCAUAUCUUACUAGCCACCAGAGAACAAACAAAGGAGAGAAACCUUAUGAAUGUUACAUGUGUGGAAAGUCUUUUACCAAGAAAUCAAAGCUUACUGUCCACCACAGAACACACACAGGAGAGAGACCUUAUGAAUGUAACCUGUGUAUUAAGUGUUUCACCCAGAAAUCAAAUCUUACUGUCCACCAGAGAACACACACAAAAGAGAAUCCUUUUGAAUGUAAGAUUUGCGGAAAGUUUUUCACCCACAAGGAAUAUCUUUCUACCCACCAGAGAACACACACAGGAGAGAAAAUUUAUGAAUGUAACUUGUGUGGAAAGUCCUUUACCUGGAAGUCAACCCUCACUGUCCAUCAGAUAACACACACAGGAAAGAAACCUUAUGAAUGUAAUGUGUGUGGAAAGUCUUUCACCAAGAAAUCAAAGCUUACUGUUCACCAGAGUACACACACAAAAGAGUAUCCUUUUGAAUGUAACAUUUGUGGAAAGUCUUUCACCUGCAAGGCAUAUCUUACUAGCCACCAGAGAAUACACACAGGAGAGAAACUUCAUGAAUGUAAUGUGUGUGGAAAAUCUUUCACCCAAAAGGGUAACCUUACUGCCCACCACAGAACACACACAGGAGAGAGACCUUAUGAAUGUAACCUGUGUGGAAAGUGUUUCAUCCAGAAAUCAAGGAGAUGUGGUGCAUCCCUCUUGGCUUCCCCAAUGCCCAGCGAUUCCCAUGGUUGCGAUGAUCCAUCGCCCUGGAGGGCCUGUGAAUUUCACAUCUUGUCCACAGUUCUGGUGGUAGGAGUCCCCCAGUAUGAAAGGCAGGACUGGUCUCAGAGGAGUGACAUGAUCAGUGGUACCUUGCUGGCUCUCAUGUUUGUCACAAUGAUAUAUGUUGAUAAUCACAUAGACCUGCUAAAGACACAGUUAAAAAUGAUGUGUCAUGCUAAUUGUCAGUACAUCUGUGCUAUCCCUCUUAAAUAUGAUGGAAAUAUGACUUGUACCAGUAUCCAGUGA